AUGGAGCUGCUGCCCCCCAGCAUCCCACACACCUGCAUGGCAGCCGUAGUCAUUGUCUGCACCAUGGGAGCCAUGGACGUCUACCUUGUGGAGCAGAGCGCUGGGGCCCGCCGGCUGGGUGUGUGCACGCUUGCACUGGCUGGGGACCUUUUCUUUCUCCUGGUGCUGCGCUACGCAACGGUGUGGCUGGGUGGCGAGGCGCGCCUGGCCCAGCGGGGGUAUGCAAUGGUGCUGUGGUUUCUCUUUGCCUUUGCCCUGGAGAUCAAACUCUACUUCAUCUACCAGCAUUAUGCGACGGAAGGGCAGGCUCCGGAUCCGCUGGCCCGGCACACCCUGACCCUCCUGCUCUCCAUCUGCAUCCCUGCUCUCUACACGGUGCUGGGAGCCACUGAACUGGUUGCCCAAGCCACUGCCAGCUUCCGCAAGAAAGAUGAGCUUCGCGGGCGCCUCUUCUGGGUGGUUUUGGACCUGCUGGAUGUGUUGGAGAUCCAAGCCAGCCUGUGGGAGCCGCAGCAGCGAGUGCUGCCCUUGUGGGCAGAGGGCCUGACGUUCUUCUACUGCUAUGGCCUCCUGCUGGUACUCCCUUGCGUGUCGCUGAGCGAGUUGGGUGUGCAGGGGCCCCACUGCGGCACACUCUACCCCCUGCUGAGCCUGGCGAGCGUGAAUGUGGCCACCAUCUUCAUCCGCGGGGGGCUGCUCCUCCUCUGCCACGACCAGCGCAUCUCCUCCAUCUUCAUGGGCAAAAACCUCCUGGCCAUUGCCUUGAAGAGCUGUGCUGUAUUACAGCACCACACAGGCACCCAGGCCGCAAGAGAAACACGCCACAGAUGUCCCACGUGCAACCAGUCCCUCGGACUCACCCGGGCCACAGGGGAGCAGCAACACAGACAUGUCCAAACCACAGCGGAAAUACACAGUGGGCAGGCCACAGCUGACCACAGUCAUGAAUAUGCUCAAACUGCAGCUGGCCAGCCCUGCAAACAUACUGCAAGCGACCAGCUACAUGAACAGGCCGAGGCCAAAGCCAGCCACAGAAAUGCCACAGUUGAAAUGCCCCUGAAACAGGCCCAGGCAACAGAUGAACAGUCCCACAGAAAUGCUCAAACCACAGGUAACCAGCUCCAUAGACACUGCUGCACCAAAGAAUCCAGCCACUACAGACACACCAUCCAACACUCGCCUAGAGAUCCAACCACCACCGUUCCCACCACUGCCAGAGCACUCAGAACAGGCCGCCGGGUGCAGCUCAAGUCUGUAUGGGAUGGUCCAUGA